AAGAGCAUUACAAAUAUCCAUAUCUAUAUGUUUAUUAUACUGAGUUCUCUAUAAUAUGAACAUGUCAUAAUCGGGCUAAUUGAGCAUUGGUCUAAGGCAUCAGUUCGAAGAAAGUUCAUUCAUCGAUUCAACAUUUAUUGCGUUAGUUCGUCUUGAGCUCUGUAUAUAUAUAUGUAUUGCCUCUGAACAAGAAAGAACAUAAUCAAGAAGACAUAUAAUCUUUUCUUCCAAAAGUAGCAGUUGGAAUUGGAAGAUGGCAGAGCAUAAGUCCGUGGUCGAGGAUCCCCCGGCACCGUUGUCGAUGGCGGGGCCCUAUGGCGGCAAAGUAUCGGGCAAGCCGCCAAAGAGGAACACGUAUGCCAUCGCUUGCACCAUCCUUGCCUCCAUGACUUCCAUCUUAAUUGGCUAUGAUGGGGGCGUGAUGAGUGGCGUGGGUGACUACAUCCAGAAAGACUUGCAUAUGAGCGACGUCGAGUUAGAGAUUAUCAACGGCAUGGUCAACAGCAUGUCGCUCCUCGGCGCCUCCAUGGCAGGUAGGACCUCUGACUAUGUAGGCCGCCGCUACACCAUAGUCAUUGCUGGUGCAAUCUUCUCCGCGGGUGCCUUCCUCAUGGCUUUCGCCACCAAUUUUGCCUUCCUCCUGUUCGGCCGGAUUGUGGCGGGAAUCGGUACUGGGUAUGCCUUCAUGAUCGCCCCUGUCUACACUGCCGAAGUCGCCCCUGCUUCGGCUCGUGGCUUCCUCACCUCCUUCCCAGAGGUAUUCAUCAACAGCGGUGUGUUACUCGCGUACAUAUCGAACUACGGCUUCUCAAAGCUCCCAUCGCACCUGGGCUGGCGAUUCAUGCUUGGGCUGGGGGCCAUCCCUUCAGUCGUCCUGGCAGUUGGCGUCCUGGCCAUGCCUGAAUCUCCCCGUUGGCUAGUCAUGCAGGGCCGCUUGGGUGAGGCCCGGAAGGUACUCUACAGGACUUCAGACUCGAACCAGGAGGCCAAGGAAAGGCUCGCCGACAUCAAGGAAGCUGCGGGAAUACCCCCUGAACGUAAUGAUGACGUGGUGCAGGUAGUGAAGAAGCGGAGCAGCGGUUCGGGCGUGUGGAGGGAGCUGCUCCACCCGACUCCGGCUGUUCGCCACAUUUUGAUCUCGGCUGUUGGCAUCCAGUUCUUCCAGCAGGCAUCAGGGAUAGACACAAUAGUCCUAUAUAGCCCACGUAUCUUUGACAAGGCCGGGCUCAAAUCAAAGGACAAGAAGCUGCUCGCCACAGUGGCAGUCGGAUUCUCCAAGACCGUCUGCAUCUUGAUUUCGACCUUCUAUCUCGACCGGAUCGGGCGGCGCCCAAUUCUCCUAGCAAGCGUGGGUGGCAUGGUCUUAUCAUUGGUGGCCCUCGCGAGUGUGCUGGAGGUGGUGAACCAGCACCCAGAUGGGCAGAUGACGUGGGCCCUCGUCAUGUGCAUCGCCAUUGUGCUGUGCUUCGUCGGGUCGUUCUCGAUGGGGCUGGGCCCCAUCGCCUGGGUCUACAGCUCAGAGAUAUUCCCGCUAAGGCUUCGAGCCCAGGGCGCAGCCAUCGGCGUGGUGGUGAACCGGUUCACGAGCGACAUCAACUCUAUGACAUUCAUCACUCUUUACAAGGCCAUCACCAUGAGCAGUGCCUUCUACCUCUUCGCAUCAGUAGCAGCCGCCUCCUGGGUGUUCUUCUACCUGCUGCUGCCCGAGACGCGUGGGCGGACCCUCGAAGAUAUGGAAGUCCUGUUCGGGAGCUACCACCGGUGGAGGUCCGUAGCCAAGAAACUCGAGAACAAGCGGAGCGAGGCUCCCAAUGCCAAUGUCCCCUGCAGUAACAACAACAUUAGCACAGCGGGGCCACCGGAGAAGGGACAGGAGACUGCCUAAUUAGUCCUAUUAGCCAUAGUAAACCUUGUGGUAGGGCCAGCGCAGGACUUGUUUACUCCUUCUAGCCCUAAUUAAUUGCCUAGCUAAUAUAGUAAUUAUUGUUUCCAA